AUGGCAAAGCUGCCAUAUAAUAGCUACUCCCAUAAGAAGCAACAAAGUAUUGCGAAGGAAAACGCUUAUGCUAAUUCUAAAGCGUUUGACCAAGUUGAGGUUAGGGACUGUGUUCAGGGUGAACUAGUCAGAAAUGAGGAUGCUGGAUACAAAGGGGUACAAAGUCCGGCACAAAAUCAUCAUCUUAGUUUAGAUGGACAAAGUGAACAGUGGCAAAUAGUGAAGAGCAAAGGGAAGGAGAAAGUGAUAGAAGAGCAACCUUUAAGACCGGAGGUAAGCUUGUCAUCUGAAAUAGAGUGCUCAGUGAAGAGAGCUUGGAAUGCUUGUGACCCGUUUGUUUAUGAGGUAUGUGUGGAGGGUGUGGUGCUCUGGUUACGUCAAUGGUGCAAUGGUUCAUCCUCUAUUUUUGCUGCUUGUUUCGUGUUGUCACAUGCUACGGGUUUCGUGCUGUGUGGGUGCUGCUUGUUUGUUGCUGGUGGUUGUUCUGCUUGCUGGGGAUGUCUUGUGUUUUGUAUCACUAUGGGGGCAAGCUUACAGGGCCAGUGUGUUGCUGGUUUUUGUCUUGCCCUGCUGCUGCUUGGGCUUGCUGGAGCCUGGUCUUCCUGA